CUGGACAAGUCAAUAUCAAUGGCACAGAAUUAAAAGGAAGUCUCCUGACAUUUUCUGCUGGUAGUUGUGCUCUAGUAGGGUACAGAAGGACAGUUUUAAAGGAAGUAUGCAAGAAUAAUGCAACAUGUGUUAAAAAUGGAACAAAACCAGAAGACAUCUACUGCUGUUGUCAACCAGGAUUUAAAGGAGAAAGAUGUGAAACAGAAAUCAAUGAGUGUGAAAGUGAUCCUUGCCAGAACAAUGGGACUUGUGAAGAAUUUGUUGAUGCAUUUGAGUGUAAAUGCCAGCCAGGCUUUAGUGGAAUGAACUGUGAGAUCCCACCUCCAUGUCUAAGUGAACCAUGUCAAAACAAUGGUACAUGCAGGGAAAAUAGUUCAUCAUUUUCAUGUGUAUGUCUUGAUGGCUUUACUGGCACUUUUUGCGAAAUCAAAAGCAUUGAUGUAUGUGAUGACAAUAUUUGUGAGAACAACUCAACAUGUAAAACGUCCAAUGUAAUAGAUGAAUAUCUAUGUGAAUGUAUGGAUGGGUUCAAUGGAACUUAUUGUGAAUAUAAAAUUCCAAAGGAUCCAUGUGAACCAGAUCCCUGUCUUGAGACUGCUUUGUGUUUGUCCAAUGGAACAAACUUUAAAUGUAAAUGCCUUGAAAACUACUUUGGAGCUAACUGUUCUGUUAUGUGUGAGCCCCAUGAUGACUGCGAAGGACAUUACACAUGUGCU